AUGUCCCCGCACGUGCCCGAGCAUGACCUCGCCGCCAUCAGCGCAGCCGCCGCAGUCCGCGAGUUCAACGUAGAGCCGAGAAUGGACUACAGGACCGUCUCCGCCGUCAACGGGCCCCUCGUCGUCCUCGACAAUGUCUCUUUCCCCUCCUACAACGAGAUCGUCCAGCUCACCCUCCCCGACGGCACCGUCCGAGGCGGCCAGGUCCUCGAAGUCAGCGGCAAGAAGGCCGUCGUCCAGGUGUUUGAGGGUACCUCUGGUGUCGACACCAAGGCGACCCGAAUCUCCUUCUCUGGAUCCUCCAUGAAGCUUGCCGUGUCCGAGGAUAUGCUUGGUCGAGUCUUCAACGGAAGUGGUAACCCGAUCGACAAGGGACCCAAAGUCUGGGCCGAGGACUAUCUUGAUAUCAAUGGCGACUUACGCACCGCAGGUUCACCCAUCAACCCCUACUCUCGUAUCUACCCCGAAGAGAUGAUCCAGACCGGUAUCUCUACCAUCGACACCAUGAACUCUAUCGCCCGUGGCCAAAAGAUUCCCAUCUUCUCUGCCGCUGGUCUCCCGCACAACGAAAUUGCCGCCCAGAUCUGUCGACAAGCUGGUUUGGUCAAGCGACCUGGUGCCGACAAGGGUGUCCACGAUGGCCACGAGGACAACUUUUCCAUCGUCUUUGCUGCCAUGGGUGUCAACAUGGAGACCGCCCGAUUCUUCAAGCAAGACUUUGAAGAAUCAGGAGCCAUCUCCAACUCGACACUGUUCGUCAACCUUGCCUCCGACCCCACCAUCGAGCGUAUCAUCACGCCUCGUCUGGCUCUUACCACUGCCGAGUACUAUGCCUAUCAGCUUGAAAAGCACGUCUUGGUCGUCAUGACCGACAUGUCCAGUUACGCCGAUGCUCUUCGAGAAGUCUCUGCCGCCCGAGAAGAAGUCCCCGGUCGACGAGGUUACCCUGGUUACCUCUAUACCGAUUUGUCCACCUUGUAUGAGCGUGCUGGUCGAGUCGAGGGCAGGAAUGGUUCCAUCACCCAGGUCCCCAUCUUGACCAUGCCCAACGAUGCAGAUAUCACCCACCCCAUCCCUGAUUUGACUGGUUAUAUCACCGAGGGACAGAUCUUUGUUGACCGACAGCUCCACAACCGUCAGAUCUACCCCCCCAUCAACGUCCUUCCUUCCUUGUCCCGUCUGAUGAAGAGUGCUAUCGGUGACAAACUCACGCGAAAGGACCACGGUGAUGUCUCCAACCAGCUGUAUGCCAAGUACGCUGUGGGUAAGGACGCCGCGUCCAUGAAGGCAGUCGUUGGUGAAGAAGCACUUUCGGCCGACGACAAGCUUGCCCUCGAAUUCUUGGACAGGUUUGAGAAGGAGUUUGUGGGCCAGGGCGCUUAUGAGGCUCGAACCAUCUUUGAAAGCCUCGACAUUGCUUGGGAACUCUUGAGAAUCUUCCCCAAGGAGUCUCUCAACCGAAUCAGUCCCAAGAUCCUUGCCGAGUUCUACUCGCGAAAGCCCAAGCGAUCUGCCGAGGAGCCCGAGGAAAAGAAGGAGGCAAAGGAGGAGAACCUCAUAGACGCUUAA